CCCCCGCAGCUAGAGCUAGCAGCAGGAAGGCUCCUCUUCUCGCAAGCCACACACGGCGGCGCUGCUGCUGCUGCGGCCUCCUGGCUUCUUGCUAGCUAGCGUUCUGUAAUCUCUAUCUUCGUCUAGCAUUGUCCAAGAGGUAGCUAGCACAGCAGAUUGGAAGCAGAGGCAUGUGGAGGCUGAAGGUGGCGGAAGGCGGCAGGCCAUGGCUGCGGUCGACCAACAACUUCUUAGGGAGGGCGGUGUGGGAGUUCGACCCCGACGGCGGCACGCCGGAGGAGCACGCCGAGGUGGAGAGGCUGCGUCAGGACUUCACCGACCACCGCUUCCAGCGUAGAGAGUCUGCUGAUCUUCUCAUGCGCUUGCAGUGUGCGAAGCAAAGCAGCCACCGACGGGAUCUGCCACGGAUCAAGCUUCAGAAGGAUGAGCAAGUCACUGAAGAAAUUGCACUGAACUCCUUGAGGCGAGCUCUGGAUCAGUUCUCUUCACUGCAAGCGAGUGAUGGGCACUGGCCCGGUGAUUUCAGCGGGAUCAUGUUCAUAAUGCCCGGCUUGAUAUUUGCUUUGCACGUCACCGGUUCACUCAAUGCUGUCAUAUCACCAGAACAUCGGUGCGAGAUAUGCCGCUACAUCUACAAUCAUCAGAAUGAAGAUGGUGGAUGGGGCACACUUAUCUUGGGCUCAAGCAGCAUGUUUGGAACAUGCUCAAACUACAUAACCUUGAGGCUUCUCGGCGAGGAACCAAACGACGAGGAUGGUGCAUUGGCUAAAGGGCGUGCUUGGAUUUUAUCCCAUGGUGGUGCAACUUUAGUGCCCCAAUGGGGAAAGAUAUGGCUUUCGAUACUUGGAGUGUAUGAUUGGUCUGGAAAUAAUCCAAUUUUCCCUGAACUAUGGCUGGCUCCCCAGUUUCUGCCAUUUCAUCCAGGGAAGUUCUGGUGUUUAACCCGUAUGGUGUAUCUGCCAAUGGCUUAUCUAUAUGGAAAGAAAUUUGUUGGGCCAAUUACACCAACUAUACUGGCACUAAGAGAGGAGAUUUAUGGCACUUGUUAUGUCAAGAUUGACUGGAGCAAGGCCCGUAAUGCCUGUGCAAAGGAGGAUCUCCUCUGUCCCCGUACAGAGUUGCAGAGUGCUGUUUGGACUUCACUCUACUGGUGUGUGGAACCAGUGUUGAGCAGUUGGCCUGUUAACAAGCUGAGAGAGAAAGCCCUGGACAACCUCAUGGAGCAUAUACAUUAUGAAGAUGAGAACACUCAGUAUGUUUGCAUAUGCUCUGUCAGCAAGGCUCUAAACAUGGUCUGCUGCUGGGUAGAAGAUCCAAAGUCAGAUGCAUUUAAGCGUCACCUUGCAAGGGUACCUGAUUUCUUGUGGCUUUCAGAAGAUGGCAUGAAGGCACAGGUAUAUGAUGGCUGUCAGAGCUGGGAGACAGCAUUCAUAAUUCAAGCAUUUUGUGCUACAGAUCUUGUCAACGAGUAUAUUCCAACUAUUCAGAGAGCCUACGAGUUCAUGAAACAUUCACAGGUUCUGAGGAAUCAUCCUGGUGACCAAAGUUACUGGCAUCGCCAUAGAUCAAAGGGUUCAUGGACUCUUUCAUCUGCAGACAAUGGGUGGGCUGUAUCUGACACUACAGGAGAAGCUCUUAAGGCUGUAUUAUUGUUGUCAAACAUUGCAAGCAACCAUAUUGGUGAUCCGGUAGGAAGAGAAAGGCUGCAUGACGCUGUUGAUUGCCUUUUAUCUUUUGUGAACAAAGAUGGUACCUUUUCUACAUACGAGUGCAAAAGGACUUCUUCUUGGAUAGAGAUUCUAAGUCCUUGUGAGAGUUUUCCCAAUAUUGUCGUCGAUUAUCCUUACCCAGAAUGCACUUCCUCUGUGCUACAAGCUCUGAUACUGUUCAGAGAGUUAUACCCUAGUUAUCGAACAGAAGAGAUCAAUAAAUCUGUCAGAAAUGCAGCAACAUUUAUUGAGAGCAGACAAAAGGAAGAUGGUUCAUGGUUAGGCACUUGGGGUGUAUGUUUUACCUAUGGGGCCUUCUUUUCGAUUAAAGGUUUAGUUGCUUCUGGAAGAACGUACGAGAACAGCUCUUCCAUCAGGAAAGCUUGCCACUUUUUAUUGUCAAAGCAGCUCAGUACAGGUGGAUGGGGAGAAAGCCAUGUAUCUAAUGUAACUAAGGUUUAUGUGAACCUCGAAGGUAGCCAUGCUCAUGCAGUGAAUACAGCUUGGGCGAUGCUGGCAUUAAUUUAUGCCGGACAGUUUGAACGAGAUCCAGCACCGCUGCAUCAUGCUGCAAAAGAAAUGAUCAAUAUGCAGUUGGAGACAGGAGAGUUUCCCCAACAAGAACAUGUCGGAUGCUUCAACUGCUCCCUUUUCUUCAAUUACCCAAACUACCGCAACAUAUUCCCCAUUUGGGCUCUUGGGGAAUAUCGUCGUUGCCUUCGCGCAAACAAGAGUAGUGGGCCCGUGUGAGCAUAUAGCAUGGUGAGUGGUGACGAACUAAUCAUGACUAUGAACUAUCAAUUAGGAUAUAAUAUAUACCCGAGCUACACUUCAAACAUUGCCCUAAACAAAUCCACACGGUUGUAUCUCCAGGUGAUUAGCAGAAUGGUAUCUGCUAUCAUGUAUCAGCUAGCGUAUCACAUGUAUACUGUGAGGCUGUAAAGUUAACUCGAUAUUGUAAUGCAAAGAUGAACAGUUUACAGUUUCUGGCUGUUCAUCAGUUUCUGGCUGUUCAUCAGUUUCUUAGCAUAAGCAUCCGCUUGUGUAUUGUAACAAACAUUUGUUUCAUCGUAACAAAGAUACACGGCUCUUCUACGUACA